CCGACCUUCCGAGCGCGUCCUGGCCGCGCUGCCGGCGCGAUGGAUUGGGUGGGGCUAGGCUGCGGCAAAGAGCACUAGGGAAGUGGCUGCCAGCCGCGUCGAGAAUUGCUGUAGCUCUUUCUGUGGGCAGAUGCUGCUGGUUUUGGAUUAUGUGGAAAAAUGCGUAAUUCCCAGAGUCUCCUCUGGGAACUCCUCUGAUGCUGUGGUGCUGAAUAUCUCUCUGGUGAUGAAUGAUCCUGCUGUUCCUCGCUCCCUCAGUCGAUUUAUUGACACUGAAACCUCUUGUUCUUAGGUCUGCUUUCCUGCAAUGAGCUGCUGAAAGUCUCCUCACAGUUAGAUCAAGGUGUUUUUUUCAGCUCAUCUUUCCACAUGUCAAGCUUUGCCUGACUCUUCGGUUUCUGACAAUUAAAGAAAGUAUGUUUCUUUUCUUUCUGCAGCUAAGAUAUUAUAUUGGUACUACUUCAUCUGUUUAAUGGUUUUAAAGAGAAUAGUAGUAAAACUGAGUAUCCCAAAGCUAAAAUAGGUAGUAUUCAAUGAUCUCUAGCUAAAUUGGUGUGCCAUACACUGUCUGAAGAGGAGUAUUUUGCCCUUACAUAUGCACCUUUGUACCUGUGCAUAUACGUACAUAUCUCUGCAUGUGUGCAUACAUUUAUACAUUCUUGCAUGUCCACAUACAUACAAGCAAAUGUGUGUGUAUGUUUCUAUGUAAAAAAAAAAAAAGCGUGAGUGUACAUGGUUUUGUUCAUAGAUGCCUCAGCACUGAAAUUAUUAUUCAGAAUGAAGCACUUAUCUAAAACAGCAAACUAUUAUUUAAGUUAACUCAAUAUAAAUAAUAUUACAGUGGGUUUUUUUAAUUAUAAACAGCUUAUAAGAGCUGUAGGCACUUCAUUUUGGCUCCGUGCUUCCUUAUUCUCAGGAAAGUUGUCUGUGAUCUGCAGCAUAGGGAGUAACUGGUUGGAAUGUAUCUCUUCAGGGAUUUCCCAGACCUCAGCAGUGUAAAUUACUUGUCUGAUACAAUUUAAACUGGUUCCAGCAGUUUUAAGUCCUGGGAAAAUGCGUGUGAAGUUCACAUUGUCUUUUGGUUGUUCAGUGUAGCACCAAAUGCAAUUUCUGGAGAGGUUCCAAUUGUGAUCACCCAGUUAAUUUUCACAUUUUGACUUAAAUGUUUUAAGUCACUCUGGUCAAACGUUGGAAUGGCAGCACAAUUAUGUGGUAUUGAGCUGAUGUAUUUCCAUCACUACUGUUUCUAUCUCUGAAAGUAAGCAGAAGGGAGCUCUUGGACAAAUUCAGACAAAACUGAAGAGGAUGCAAGCAAGAACAGGUAGCCUGGGAGGACUACAGAGAGAUCGUUUGAGCACUCAGGGAUUAGGUUGGGAAAGCUGAAGUCCUGAUGGAAUUAAAUCCAGACGGGGAUGUUGGGGCAACAAGAAAAUCUUCUAUAGGUGUGCUGGUGAUAAAAGGAAGAUCAGGAAAAGUGUGGGCCCUCUCUGGAGGGAAGCAGAAGACCUGGUUAUCCAAGACAUGGAGAAGGCUGAGAUUUUAAUUUUUUUAAAAUGGCGACAUUAAUUCACACUUUAGCAGAUCAUAGUGAUGAUGUCAACUACUGCGCCUUCUCAACGUCGUGCUUGGCUACUUGUUCCUUGGACAAAACAAUUCGUGUUUAUUCUUUGAGCGACUUCACCGAGCUCCCGUACUCGCCUUUGGAAGGGCACGCGUACGCCGUGCACUGCUGCUGCUUCUCGCCGUCGGGACGCGUGCUGGCCUCGUGCUCCACGGACGGCACCGCCGCGCUCUGGGACAGCCGCGAUGGCCGCAGGCUGGCCGUGCUGCAGCAGCCCGGGGCCAGCCCCGUCAGGGUCUGCCGCUUCUCUCCUGAGGCCACCUAUCUGUUGGCAGGGGCAGCCGACGGCAGCGUGGUUCUUUGGAACGUGCAGUCCUUGAAACUGUACCGAUCUGGAAAAGUUAAAGGUGGUUCUUUGAUGGCUUGUGCAUUUUCUCCCAAUGGAAAUUUCUUUGUCACUGGAUCAUCAAGUGGUGAUUUAACCAUUUGGGAUGAUAAAAUGAGAUGCCUGUAUAAUGAAAAAGCACAUGAUCUUGGCGUUACCUGUUGUGAUAUUUCUUCACAUCCAGUAUCUGAUAGUGAAAAUGGAGUCAAAUACUUCCAGAUGGCUUCCUGUGGACAAGAUAAUCAGAUCAAACUCUGGCUUAUUUUGUUUGCAGAUUUCUUAGGUGUUCAGUUAAAAUAUAAAUGCACACUGAAUGGGCAUUCUGCCCCAGUUCUGGCCUGUGCAUUUUCUUGUGAUGGACGGCUGAUAGUCUCGGGGUCUGUGGACAAGUGUGUCAUAAUCUAUGAAACUAGUACUGGCAAUAUCCUUCAUACUUUGUCUCAGCAUACAAGAUAUGUUACAACUUGUGCUUUUGCACCACAUAGUCUCUUACUUGCCACAGGCUCAAUGGAUAAAACUGUGCACAUAUGGCAGCUUGACCUUAAGCAACCCUGUGCAGGAGAUACUGUAGAAAAUGAAUCAAAGGUGGCUGUUCAGGACUGGUCAGAGGAUGAUGUUUCAGCCUGGCUCUGCACACAGGAUUUAGCAGACUUUGUUGGACUUUUCAAAAUGAAUAAUAUUGAUGGCAAGGAACUACUGAAUCUUACUAAGGAAAGUCUUGCUAAUGAAUUAAAAAUUGAGUCUCUAGGCCUGCGCAGUAAAGUUCUCAAGAAAAUUGAAGAACUGAGGAUGACGAUGAUCUCGGUUUCCGUUCCUGAUGAGUUCUUAUGUCCUAUAACAAGAGAGCUUAUGAACGAUCCUGUCAUUGCCACAGUACUGGACAUGUACUUGGAAAAGCUGGGAGAGAGUUUCUCCUGUAACCAUCAGAGACUGUGUCUCAUCCCACAGGAGUUGACUGCUUUCAUUUAAUCAGUGGACAGCAAACAAGAACUUUCACGAGAAUGAAGGAACUAUCCAUUCAUCCAAGUUAACCACAAGCUCAGAAUCCUCAAGUUUAUAUUCUAAGACACUGAUGGCUUAUAUACUACAUAAUAUAAUAACCAUAUAAUAAUUAUAAUUAACUGCACAUAGACAUUUCUGUAUUUGGUUCAUCUAAUCAACUUCAAAGAUCAGACUCUUUAUAGCAAUUUAAAAAUAGAUUUAAAAGAAGUAAGUAUUCAAACAGCUUUAUUGAAGAUGAGAUUUUGUUUCCACAUUGGUACAUCACUUAGUCCAUAACUAAGACCCCUAGCCUAGCUGAUCUUUAUUCAAGUAUCUUUGCUUACCCAUUACUUUUCUAUCAAAGUUAUAGUUUAUUUUCCCAAUGAACAGAAGACAUACUUGUAUUUCCUGAAUAUCUAAAGCAUUUUAAGUACUUCAUAUGUAUUUCAGUGUUCCUUCCCCAAUUUCUAUCUAAAGUGACACUGAGCUGAAGUCUGUAAGUUGACAUGUACAUCAAGCUAAAAACUGAAGCCUGUGCAAUUGCAUGCCAUGAAAAUUUGGAAGAAAAAAUUCAACCUGAAGUAGAAACAUACUUGGGUGGAUCAGUGAUACAGAAAAUCAUCACCACCACUUGAGGUUUAGGACUACUUUCAAGAAUAGAGGGGAGAAGGUAGACAGAAAAUUAAACAAAUCCUAAAGUAAACUGUAUUAUCAGAUACUCAGCUAGAGCAUUUAAACCAGCUUCUAAUACAUGCUAUGAUAAAUAUCAGAAGUGUCAACAAUUCUUUCCUAGCCUCUUUUUAAAAUAGCUGCAACCACAGUUGUACAAUUCUGAUGAUUUCAAACAGAUCUGGAAGUACCUGAAUCCCC